CUUCAUACGGAAUUAAGACCUCACAUUCUCCGAAGAGUUAUUAAGGAUGUAGAGAAAUCUUUGCCUCCAAAAAUUGAGUGAAUUCUUAGGGUUGAGAUGUCUCCACUUCAGAAACAGUACUAUAAGUGGAUAUUGGAACGCAACUUCCAUGACUUGAACAAAGGAGUUCGUGGGAAUCAGGUUUCACUUUUAAAUAUUGUGGUUGAGUUGAAGAAGUGCUGCAAUCACCCCUUCCUGUUUGAGAGUGCAGACCAUGGUUAUGGUGGCGACUCAAGAACCAAUGAUAGCAGUAAACUUGAGAGAAUUAUUUUGAGCAGUGGGAAGUUAGUUAUACUCGACAAGCUACUUGUUAGGUUGCAUGAGACAAAGCAUCGUGUUUUAAUUUUUUCCUAUGUUUGUUUAAGAUGCUAUUGUGCUUGA